GCACUCAGUUGUGCGGUGCUGGUGGCCCCGCCGAUACCCUUCCAGGCCUUCACCUUCAGGGCUUCGUCAGAGACAAUCUCGGUCGAUGUUUCGACCUCUGCGAGUAUCCGUCGUCAUCUCAUCCAAGGAGCUGUAGCUGCCGCAACUUGCUGCCGAUCCGCAGUUGCCUGGACUCUGCGACCGCGAAACAAUGCCGAGUUUGUGAAACAGACGGUUCAGCGUGUCGUUGCUGAAGCGCCGGGGUCACCACGGAAUCAAGCAGACCUGCCCGAUGAAGAGCAAGUUCUCCUGCAGAUCUGGACUGCAGCGUGUAUGUAUGGGCUUGAUGCCGAGCUUGCCAAAGCCGGUGGUCGAGAUGAGUGGGAGGAGACUCUGCUGGAAGGGUUGAGGGAUCUUAGAGCCACCCGGUGGGAAGAUGGAUUCCAGUGGCUGGGCGAUACGCUCCUGAGCAACUUCGGUGUGAAUCCCACUUGGGACGGUCGUGAGCACACAUCCAAACGGCUCAUCGAUGCUGCUGACCGUCUGCUGGAGAAGCUUGGAGAUCCCUAUGCUCAGUAUUACCCGCCUGAGGAGUGGACUGAGAUGACAGAGGUUGCCGAAGGAGGCGAUGUUGCCGGCAUUGGUGUGGCUUUUGCGCAAGACACCACUCGCGGAAGAGGUGGAUCUCCGGAAGUUGUGGCCGUGGUCCCUGGCAGCUCAGCCUCAGAUGCAGGUGUCGAGGUCGGCGACCGUUUGGUUGAAGUUGACGGGCAGUCCGUGCGUGUGCCGGCAGAUGCUGCCCGCUGGAUCCCUGGCCGACCUGGUACCUGGGCUAACGUGAGGUUCCAGCGCUGGGCCUCUGUGAAAGGAUCAGCCAUGACGGAUUACUCGCUAACUUUGCAGCGACAACCUAUGCGAGUCCAGCCUGUGGAAUUUCGCGUUCCGUUUACCGGCGUGGGCUAUAUCCGCAUUGUUAGCUUCAAUGGGCCGGAUGUGGUGAAGCCCCUUCGUGGAGCUCUGCAUGAUGCGGUCAGGCAGCAGCUCCGCUACCUCAUCUUGGAUUUGCGCGACAAUCGUGGCGGCCGUUUGAGUGAUGCACAGCGCGCGACGACAGAGUUGCAGCAGCAGCUGGCGCAGAAGAACAUAGAGGCCGCGGCUGUGCUGGUGAACGCUAAGAGUGCCUCUGCCUCCGAGCUGAUGGCGGUGGAACUCCGGCGGUCAAAGGUGCCGGUGGUUUUCUGCGGCGAUGAGGCUGCCCAAAGAACCUUCGGAAAAGCGGAAGAGCAGGUGGAAGGCCGCGGUGGCAGUUGCGCCACAACCAUACGAGAGGAAGCCAUCGAGCUCAGCGACGGCGGCGCCCUGCUCCUGACCACUUCACGCUGGGCGGAAGAGGGUUUCUCGGGCGUGCCGGCCGACGCGGCCUGCACCUGCACGGGUGAUGCUCAAGUCGCGUAUGUCUGCGAUGCUGGCGAUCGGGAGCGCUGUGUGCGCUUCACCGCCUCGCUGCUGAGGGUCCGCGAAUCCAGCCAAGGCCUGCAGUGCCCGCCUCGGCACACAAUGGCAGUGAACGGCUCAAAUUCCCCUCGUGACAGGUGGAGAAGAGGUAUGUACCGGGACUAUCAUUGUAGAGUGACUUCUGGGCAGCAUUUAUUGGAUCAAACCGAACCGUUGAGUGCACGGCACCGCCUCUUGCAUCACAGCCACCGGUUGCUGCUUGAUUUUCCAGCCGGCACUAUGUGGGCAACAUGGGCAACCUUCUUGGCUUUGUGCAUUGGCCUCGUCCCCGCCGUGUCUGGGGAGGUGGUUGGGAGGUUUGAUGGCAGCAUGUCGGCAUGCACGACCGAGGCUGACUCGUCAAUGUUGCUGCAGAAGCGGGCAGAUGCCUCCUAUCUGCACGAGGACGGAAACGAGGCGAUGUCGGCUUCAACGACCUCUGGCCCCAUAAUGCCAAGACCACCGAGUUCCGAGUUGGCUGCCGACGCACAUCCCAACGACACCGAGAUCCUCUUGACGGAUGUUUCUGGGUUUCACGUGGGCGACCACAUCGUCAUCCAGGACGAUGCCCAGAUUGGCGAAGAGCGAGUGAUCCUGGAUAUAAUUGAAGACCCACAGUUAGCGCAGCAUGGUGCAGAUGGUGCCCGCUUCUUCGGGAAAGGACGCCUGAUCAUCGACAAGCUUAAAAAGUUCUUCCGCAAAAAGCUGCGAGCAUUGGU